ACGAGAAAAAGACAACGGAUAUCACUUGAAGGUUUAAUACGGAUUAUGUUCAAUGGCUCGUCUAAUUCAUCAGUAUUCCUGCACAGGGUACGUUUUCAUAUUUCUCUUUCUUUCUGCCAUAAUGCACACGGUGUCCCCCGUGACCCAUUAUUCUGUUCCCGAAGAAAUGGAAGAAGGCUCAGUCGUUGCUAAUUUAGCAAUUGAUCUCGGAUUAGACGUGAAGACUCUGAAUAAUAGGAAAAUGCGCGUAGAUCUCGUAGGAAAUAAAAAGUAUAUCGACAUCAACAAAGACACAGGAGAGCUGUUCAUGCAGGAAAGGAUCGACAGAGAGCUUUUAUGCCCAUUAAAGACAACUACAACGUGCUUUCUCAGAUUAGACGCUACGAUUGAAAACCCGAUACGAAUGUUUAACAUUGAGGUGGAAAUCACGGACAUUAACGACAACGCUCCUCAUUUCCGACGGGGAACGAUGCAUUUGGACAUAUCUGAAUCAAGCCCUGUUGGAGAGAGAUUCUCAUUGAACAAUGCUGCAGAUCCGGAUGUUGGAACAAAUUCUGUGAACAAUUACCAUCUGAGCUCAAGUGAACAUUUCUCAAUCGAAAUUCAGACCGGGAGAGACGGGACAAAGUUUGCGGAUUUGAUUUUGAAAAAAGCAUUAGAUAGAGAGCAGCAGGCUGUGCAUAAUCUUAUUCUCACUGCUGUGGACGGUGGAGUGCCCACGCGCACAGGUACAGCCAGCAUCAUUGUUCGCGUGCUUGAUGUGAACGACAACGCCCCGUCAUUUGAUAAAGACAAAUACAUCAUAGAUGUGAUGGAGAAUUCCCCCAUUGGCAGUCUAGUAAUACAAUUAAACGCUACUGAUUUAGACGAAGGGUCAAAUUCUGAUAUUAUUUAUUCAUAUAGUUUAUAUACAUCAGAGAGAACACAAGAGGUGUUUAACUUAAAUCCAGAAAAUGGUGAAAUCAGAGUGAAAGAGAUGAUAAAUUAUGAAGAUUUUAAACUUUAUGACAUGGAAGUUAUUGCCAGUGAUAAGGGGCCUAACUCCUUAACUGGACAGAGUACACUGACAAUACAGGUGGCAGACAUGAAUGACAAUCAUCCAGAAAUAUCCAUCAAGUCUUUUCAAAGUCCAAUUAAAGAAAACAUAGAAUUAGACACAGUGAUAGCAGUGGUGAGUGUCAGUGAUAAAGACUCAGGGGACAAUGGAGUGGUUGAUCUUCACAUUCCUGAUAACAUGCCUUUCAAACUGAGGGAGUCCUCUGAUAACUAUUAUGAAUUAGUGGUGUCAGAGCCGUUAGACCGUGAGAGGGUCCCUGAAUAUGACAUCACUUUCACUGUGACAGACAGAGGCUCUCCUCCUUUGUCUGACAAUGAGACCAUGACCUUAGAGCUGCUGGAUGUUAAUGACAAUGUGCCAAAGUUCCCUCAGUCAUUUUAUACUAUACGUGUGGAGGAGAAUAAUGCUCCUGGAGCCCUGCUCAGUUCCCCAACUGCGUUUGACCCUGACCUCCAUGAAAACCAGUAUCUAGUUUAUUUCAUCCUAGAGAGGGAGAUAGCCAACACCUCCAUGUCCAUGCUGUUUUCCAUCAACCCAGAGAACGGGAAUCUUUACGCACUAAAAACUUUUGACUAUGAGAUCGAGAAGGAGUUUCUCUUCCACAUCGAGGCCAGAGACUCUGGCUCUCCUCCUCUCAGCAGUAAUGUGACGGUGCACAUCAUCAUUGUGGACCAGAACGACAACGCUCCGGUUAUUGUGUCUCCGUGGCGCGCACACGGCUCGGUGGUGGAGGAAAAGAUCCCCAGAUCCACCGAUAAAGGCUCUCUGGUUUCUAAAGUGAUAGCCUUGGACACAGACUCGGUGCACAACUCCCGGAUCACCUACCAGUUCCUGCAGGUCACUGACGCCACCUUGUUCAGUCUGGACCAAUACAACGGAGAGAUCCGGACCAUGAGGAUGUUCAGCUACAGAGACCCGCGCCACCAGAGACUGGUUGUCGUUGCCAAGGACAACGGGCAGCCUGCCCUCUCUGCUACAGUCACCAUCAAGCUGUCCACAGUGGAGACUGCCGUGAAGACCUACUCUGACAUGACCGAGGUUCCUCUGGAAUAUGACAUCUUCUCAGACCUCAACCUGUACCUGGUCAUCGGUCUGGGCUCCGUGUCAUUUCUCCUGCUGAUCACCAUACUGGUCACCAUCGUGAUCAAGUGUCAGAAACCCAAGCCCAGCAAAGCGGCUCCUCCCUGCAGGAACAGUGUGAUCAGUGAGGGGAACUCCACCAUCGCAGACUCCACUCUGGUCUCCAACGACGCCUACUGGUACAGUAUGUUUCUAGCAGAGACCAGGAAAGGAAAGAUGGUGGUCAGACAGCCUGUGCCAAAGGGCUCCAGAUACAUCGUGUCCAGUUUACCACGAGGCACUGGACUCACAGACACUAGUGGAUCAGCAGCCUCCACUCUGCAGGUAUGGUAAACACACCUAUUCAACAUCUGUUACACAUGUUUUCUACUGAACAUCCUGCAAGGCUAAUAAUAAGUGACGAUUGCAGUAUUUUUAAAUCAGCGCUGAAUACUUUUUGUUGUCUCUUCACUUUCUUGAAGUUACAACGCCUAAAAUGUACUUGACAUUACAAUCAAAAAUGUAAUUGUGCCCAUGUUAAGUCUUUUGACCUGCUGGCAUAACCUUCGCUCCCCCAAUUUGCAUGGAGAAAGGAAAAGGUCACAAAAGGUCAAAUCUAGAGCAACACUUGUAUAGAACAACUUUAUUGUGAGACCAACACGUUCUGGCUUGUGACCCUCAUCAGGGUCAGUAGCUCGUUUCUACCGAAACCUUUUUUAAGUUUUAUGAGGUCCAAUAAGCAAUUUGAUAAAUCGUGAAUACCCUCCGCUUCUAAAAAGGUUUUUCCCUAAUACCCUCUAAACUAAUCUGUUGAGUGUUGUGAGGGCAUUUAGUGAACCAGAUAUCAUUUGUAAUGCUUUAGGCCUACACACAAACACACAAUGCUUUCUGAUACCCCAUAUCAGCAGUCAUAAAACAUGUGAAUUAGGAUGAAUUACAAGUGUCAUAUUGAUGCUCCGGACUAGUUAUAAACUACAGGUUCACUUAGGGGGCUUAGAAUACAUGCUGACUACCUAAACACACAUCAACCAUCAAGACUAAUAAGCACUCAAAGGUAUGAUAAUUCAUGCAGUGUCAUCGUUUUAUAUGUUUACGUAAAGUGUAAUGCAUUUAAAAUAAUCAAUGCUGUAUCAUAAGUGAUAAUAAGCAAGAACACUAAAAUGCAGGGAAUCUUAUAGCACCAAUCGCGGCUGAAGUGCAUCUGAAGGUCAACUUGCUCUGUUUAAAAUCAUGGUAAUAUUAAUUUAAAAAAUAA